AUGAAGGUGAAUCCUUAUCCCUCCUUUUUAAAGACCUACCUGGGUGAAGCUCAUUAUCAACAAAGGAUCAAAAUACCUGGUGAUUUCGUGAAAGCUCACAAGAAAAACUUGAGUGAACGCUCAUGGGCUCUCAAAACGGAAGGAAACUCUGAGUUUGAAGUAUUGCUUUAUAGCCAAACUACUUGUUGCGAAAUUUCACCUCCCCAGCCUGAUGAACACACUGCAACUGAGUCAUCUGAGGAGACUGAAGCUUCUGGAAAUGCCAAGAAACAGAAAAGGAAGCCAAUAAUCUGCGGCGAAUAUGAAGCUCGCAAGAAGGCCAAAGGCUCUGCAGAUACAGGGCACAAGAAUAAGACAGUUAAAGUGGAAAUAAUCUCCAGCACGGAAAGUGAAAGGGAUGAGGAGGAAGAAAGCCCUGACAGCGAGAGUGAAAAGGAAGCUGCAGAGGGAGUGAGGAAAGCGAGAGGCAGUAUAUUCAGUACACUGAAUCUCAACGACAAACAGCCUUCCUUUGAAAUCAUUGUGCAAAAGAGUCAUGAAUUUUUCAUGACUGUUCCAAUCGUUUUUGCUCGGCACACCGGAAUAUUGCAUGAAAAGAUGAUAAAACUGAGCUAUGAAAACGGGAUGCCUCAGAAAAUGGCGAUAGCAUCCUCGGGGGAUAGAGUUCGUCUGAUAAACGGAUGGAAGUCUUUCUGCGAAGCCAACAAGAUAGAGAAUGGGAAUAGGUGUUCCUUCACCUUGCUUAAUCCUCACACCACAGAAACUAUGGUUCUGUUGGUUAAAAAACUACCCAAACUUGGGAUGAAUUGA